AUGGCGCAUCAGAAAUUCGUUGUCUUCUUCCUCAGUGCAAUGGCUCUUUUGCUCUUCAGUUUGACUUUCCAACUACUCCUCCUACUUCGUGUGGAUUCAUCGGAAUCUUCAUGGACCACCGGAGGAGAUGUGAAGAAGUUCUUCGAAUCCGCCAAGACUCCGGAGGUUUUCGAUUGGAUGGUGAGAAUCAGAAGGAAAAUCCACGAGAAUCCGGAGCUGGGAUUCGAGGAAUUCGAGACCAGUAAACUCAUUAGAUCGGAGCUUGACCUCAUCGGAGUCAAGUACAGGUAUCCCGUCGCUAUCACCGGCGUUAUCGGAUAUAUUGGCACCGGAGAACCGCCGUUCGUCGCCCUGAGAGCCGACAUGGAUGCUUUGCCUAUUCAGGAAGCUGUUGAGUGGGAGCACAAGAGCAAAGUCCCUGGGAAAAUGCACGCUUGUGGACACGACGGUCAUGUCACUAUGCUUCUUGGUGCUGCAAAGUUACUUCAAGAACAUCGCCACGAAUUACAGGGAACUGUGGUGCUCAUCUUUCAGCCAGCUGAAGAAGGUUUAGCCGGGGCGAAGAAGAUGAUAGAAGAAGGAGCACUGAAGGACGUCAAAGCAAUCUUCGGGAUUCAUCUUUCCAACCGGAUUCCUUUUGGCAAAGCCGCUACACGCGCAGGUCCCAUACUGGCUGGAGCUGGACGCUUCGAGGCUGUAAUCACCGGGAAAGGAGGUCAUGCUGCCAUCCCGCAGCAUACAAUAGACCCUGUUGUCGCAGCUGCUAGCAUCGUCCUCAGUCUUCAACAGUUGGUUUCACGUGAAGCCGACCCGCUGGAUUCAAAGGUGGUUACAGUUUCUAAGGUUCAUGGAGGCAAUGCCUUCAAUGUAAUCCCUGAUUCAGUCACCAUAGGAGGAACUCUCCGAGCCUUUACCGGAUUAACUCAACUUCAACAGAGAAUCAAAGAGGUUAUCACCAAGCAAGCAGACGUUCUCCGAUGCAAUGCGUCCGUGAACCUAGCACCAAACGGUAGAGAGCCAUACCCACCAACAGUGAACGACAUAGAUUUAUACAGGCAGUUCAAAAACGUGGUCAGAGAUUUGUUGGGUCAAGAAGCUGUCGUGGAAGCAGCACAGGUUAUGGGAGCUGAGGACUUCUCAUUCUUCGCAGAGGCCAUCCCAGGACAUUUCUUCCUCUUGGGAAUGCAAGAUGAGAACAAAACUUAUGCGAUGCCUCAUUCACCGCACUAUAGAAUCAAUGAGGACGUGCUUCCAUACGGGGCUGCAAUCCAUGCGUCAAUUGCCGUACAGUACCUCAAGGAGAAGGGUUCUGCUUCGGCCAGAGGAUUUCACGACGAACUGUGA